AUCACUCCUCUGUAUCUAUAUAUAUCUGUGUGUAUCAGAUAUUACUUGUAACAUAGUAAACCAGUUGGAUAAAACCCUAAGAGUGGUGGCGAAUGUCCAAGAGAGGAGGAGCUGUACUGCAGGAGGAUGUGCCGUGGAGGGCCUCCCCUUCCGUAAAACCCGUCCCUAAAAUCCAUCACUCUCCCGUUCUUCGUCUCCCCCAAACCCCUUACUCCAAUUACGCCCUCUCUGUCAUGAAGCAUCCAAAUCCGGUUCGAAGUGGGCUGGGGAACGAAGCUAUGGUGGAAUCGGCAGGGCCGGAUUGCAUUAUACCAGGACAAAUCACUCCCAUAAGGUUACUAGGUCUCAAGGUAUGGCCCAUUUAUGUCGACUUAACAUUUUUGGAACCUGUUGGACGACAGCUUAAGACCAUUGGCAAGAUCGUGGAUUCAGCUUGUGACAUUAUGGAUAAGUCAUUUGCAGAUCGUUAGCAAUUGGGAGUUUUAUUUUGUGAUAUAGGGCUCGCCUCCUGUGGAUUGUACUAUGACUGGAAAGAUUAGAAACCUCGCCCAGUGUGCAGAGCAAUGGCAGAAACCCCUGUUUUUCAUGUAAAUUUGACAUUUUUGUUAUGUUUAUUUUUGAAGUCUGAAUUCUUGGCACCUGGGUAAUUUUGGGUUUGUAUAAAUUUUGCUGUGGUCAACUUUGGGACCCUAUACGUAAGGGAUAUCUUCUUUCUGAGGCACCCAAA